GUACUUAGGGGAUCGGCCUAAUGGCUGCUAGGUGAGAUGAGCGGAUCGGCCGCAUCCUUUAAGUGUGAGGCGCUUCCAUCAAGAAGACCGUUAACUCGGGCGCUGCCGAGUUAAAAUGGUCGAUAUCCGACCCGAAAAGCAUCCCGAAACCGUUGUACAUAUUGCGAACAUCGUCCUUGUAGUUGCACCCGCUGUCAACAUCCCAUCUUAGUGGUCAGUUCUGCCUGCCAAUCAGAGGUUAAGCUGAGGCCAUGGCAGUGAAGGACCGUGUAGAGGCGGUGCUCAAUGUGGGUCUGCGUGUUCCCAGCAUCAUGUUGCUGGAUGUCCUGUACCGCUGGGACGUCAGCUCCUUCUUCCAGAAGAUCCAGCGCUCCAGCCUCUCCAACAACCCCCUGUUCCAGUACAAAUACCUGGCACUCUAUCUGCACUACGUAGGUUACAUCCUGAGCUUGGUGCUCCUGACUCUGCCUCGUCAGCACCUGGUUAAACUUUACCUAUAUGUCCUCACGGCUCUGUUGCUGUAUGCUGGUCACCAAGUCUCAAGGGAUUAUGUCCGCAGUGAACUGGAGUCUGGCCAUGAGGGACCUGUCUACCUAGAACCUCUCUCAAUGAACAGAUUCACCACUGCACUCAUAGGUCAGCUGGUGGUGUGUACGCUAUGUUCCUGUGUAAUGCAGACUAAGAGGAUUUGGCUUUUCUCUGCUCACCUCCUCCCUCUGGUGGCCAGACUGUGUCUUGUCCCAAUGGAGACCAUCGUUUUCAUCAAUAAGUUUUCCAUGAUCUUUACAGGCCUGGAGGUCAUUUACUUCCUGGCUUCUAACUUGUUGGUACCAUACAACCUGGCCAAGACAGCCUACAGAGAGCUGGCUCAGGUGGUGGAAGUGUACGGGCUGCUAGCUUUAGGCAUGUCUCUAUGGAACCAGCUGGUCCUUCCAGUUCUCUUCAUGUGUUUCUGGUUAGUGCUGUUCGCUUUGCAGAUCUACUCCUACUUCAGCACCAGAGACCAGCCUACCUCAAGGGAGAGGCUCCUGUUCCUAUUUCUUACCAGUAUUGCAGAAUGUUGUAGUACACCAUACUCCCUGCUGGGUUUGGUGUUCACCGUCUCCUUCAUUGCUCUGGGAGUUCUCACACUCUGCAAGUUUUACCUGCAAGGUUACAGAGCCUUUAUGAAUGACAACACCAUGCACAGGGGAAUGACAGAAGGCAUCACCCUGCUGAUUCUUGCUGUCCAGACUGGCCUUAUCGAGCUUCAGGUCAUCCACCGAGCCUUCCUCCUCUCCAUCAUUCUCUUCAUUGUUGUUGCUUCAAUCCUGCAGUCCAUGCUGGAGAUUGCUGACCCCAUAGUCCUGGCCCUGGGUGCAUCCAGAGACAAGAGUUUGUGGAAGCACUUCAGAGCAGUGUCUCUGUGUCUGUUCCUGCUCAUCUUUCCAGCCUACAUGGCUUAUAUGAUCUGUCAGUUCUUCCACAUGGACUUCUGGCUUCUCAUCAUCAUCUCCUCAUCUAUCCUCACCUCACUGCAGGUCCUCGGCACUCUGCUGAUCUACAUUCUCUUCAUGGUGGAGGAGUUUCGUAAGGCUCCAGUAGAGAACAUGGAUGAAGUUAUCUACUGUGUCAACGGUACCUACAGAUUGCUUGAAUUCCUGGUUGCGGUGUGUGUGGUGUGCUAUGGGGUGUCGGAGACGGUGUUCGGGGAGUGGAGUGUGAUGGGCAGCACCAUCAUCCUGGUCCACUCGUACUAUAAUGUCUGGCUCAGAGCCCAGCUAGGCUGGCAGAGCUUCCUGCUCAGGAGGGAUGCUGUAAACAAGAUCAAAAGCCUCCCCACGGCUAGCAACACACAGCUGGAACAGUACAACGACAUCUGUGCUAUCUGCUACCAGGACAUGAACAGUGCUGUGAUCACUCCGUGUAGUCAUUUCUUCCACGCUGGCUGUUUGAAGAAAUGGCUUUAUGUCCAGGAGACAUGUCCCCUCUGCCACUCACAACUCAAGAGCCAAUCACCAACCAGCACUGUCUCGAAUCAAGACACCCCCGCAGCCAAUCAGAACCCUGCAGGGCAGGAAGAAGCCACAGCAAAUAAGAACCAGAAAGAUGGUGCUCUUCCAGAUGAUAGGAAGGAGGAGGGAACAGUAGAGCAGGAGGGAGCUAAUGGAUCUGCCAUGACAACUGGAGAAUCCUCCUCCUCUUCCUCCUCCUCCUCCUCCUCCUGUGAUGAGCCCUCGGCUCCCCAGAACCUGAUUAAGACUCCACCAUUAUCUUCUUCUCCUUACCCACUGGUAACUGAAUCAAAAAAACGGUCGCCCACAGAUCAUCCCUCAUCGUCCUCCCCUCCCUCUGACACAUUGGAUAUGCCCCCCUCUCCUGCAUCUCUCUCCCCCUCCUCCACCCACACUAUCACCUUCUCUCACUGCUCGUCCUCACAGCCACUGGACCAGGCAGAGGAGACCCCUGGUGAGCCUGAGCCCUCCCCUAAGCUAAACCCAGGCUUCCUACUGGACAGCCAGGAGACAUCUACUGUUCCAUCAUCAGAGCCUGACCAGCCCACUUCCCCAUCUGAGGAACAGUCUCCUCCUCCAUGCAGCCUCUGAGCACCCCAUUGUAAAACACGAGAUGCAUGCACUUGUAAACACAAUCUAAAUACUAGAUCUGCCAAUGUUCUGCCUAUAUUCUACUUGUCCAGCAGUUGGCGAUCCCAUCAUGUCAGAAAUUCAACUCUAAACCCUUCCAUAUCCGGAUCUAAAAUCCAAAACAAUCUCUAAGCAGAUAUUCAUCAUUCACAUUAUAAUGUGUUCAUUAGGCAAUUGUCUUGGAACUGUUUUCCAGAGUUUAACUUUCAUGCCCACAAUCAUUUCAUUAGGAUGUGUAUAACUAUUUCCAUGGGUUUUUUUUGGGGGGGGGGAUUCAAAAUCAACACAAAAAGGGGAACACAUGAACUCAUCUCAAAAAUAAUUGGUACUUCCAUCAAAUGUGAAAUCCAGAAUGAAACUGAAGUAUCGCAUCACUCAUGUUUGCUGUUUUCUAGAUUUUUUACAUCAAUAUCAGACAUUAAUAUAGUGACAUUUCUGAAAUCAUGCUUUUUUUGUUUCUUUUUUUUUUUUUUUAUCCCUUCUCAUUUCAGGCCCAGACAUUUCAUGCGAUGUUCGCUCCCAUCCUGCCUUUGUUUGUUUCUUACAUUUCAUGGUAUUUGGGUUUUCUCUGUAGUCCUGUAUGUGCCAUGAUGUAAUGAGGAAUGGGUCAGAGGAUUAGAGAGCCUUGGUCGUCUAGCUAUGACUGAUGGUUGCAUUUUAAACAGUGACAAAGUCUUAAUGUUUCAUAAACAUUUCUCCAUCGGUUUUGAUAAAGAGUCUUUGGUUUUCACUGUUGGAUGACAGUGGUUUAUGUGUAUUAGUGAAUCCACUAAGCAUUAACAGACUGAAUGUUGAUCUUGAGGCCAUCACAUGACCUGAAGCCUGGUGCUAAGCACAGGAUACAUGGUGUGGUCUAGUUAAGUGUUGCAGUGUGAAGAAAUCAGUGGUUUACAUGGAGUAACCCGAAUUUAUUUAGUCUAUCAUACCACUUCAAUAUUUGAAUCAAACUUGUUUGGCUGGUCCCAGCAAAAGCAGUUGUACUCCUCAUCGCCAAACUUUUGUAUUACUGUUAAAGAGAUGUUAUUUUUAAGAUAAUUUUUACAUUACUCCUUUAUUGGACAGCAUAAAGUGCAGAUGGACUGAAAACAAUGCAGGGAUAGAAAGAAGAGGGAGUUGACCUGCAACAGAGGCCACAGUUUGUAUUUGAAUCUUCAGCAUUGUGAGAAUGUGUGAGUGUAAAUUAGCCCACAGAGCCGCCUAGGAGCCCAGACUUUGUGUUCUUAAGCUUUACUUCAUUCAUGGUACUCAUCCGCACUCAUCGUCCCAGACUCUGCUGAUUUACAAACACAUUCAACCAGUCCAUCCAAAGUUUCAAUUCCGCAAUUGUUGACACGUUUUUUUAAAAGGCAGGAGCCAAUCACCUGGCUUCAUCCAGCUCCUUUAUAAACCAAUUGCAUCAAAGCACCCUAUGUUUUCUAAGAUGAUCAUUAUCCUCCAGCUGCUCAGUCACUUCACUCCAUUAAAUGUUACUACCAGCAGAUUUAGCCGUUAGAUUGUUGGCAUUGUUUUGUUUUUCCCCCACAUACACUCGCUUGCAUGCGCGCUCACAUACACACACACUCUCAGUUGGCUCCUGCGCUUAGUAAGAGACGCAGGGCUGUGAAAAGUGUGUAGAAAAGUCUGAGUGUUUAAUAGAAAGACUUCAGAAUGCUGAGUCCUGAUGCACGCUUACAUGUAGAGCUUGCACGCUACCAGUUACCAUAGCAUUGUUUUUGUCCCCAAUGUGCUCUAACCUUGCUACCAAUGUUUUUCUGCCAUUUGUCUAUUUUUUUUAUUUCCUUUUUUUUGGGUUGCAUUUGCACUAAUGUCAUUUAUACUAGCAACGCUCCAAAGCCGUUCUGUGGCUGUAAGCCACCAAAUACCCUCUGAUGUGUUUGUGUACGAGGAAACAGCCCAAUCUGUUAGUGUGUAAUGUAUAUAAAUGUUGCUCUGUAUGGCAUCUAUAUUAAACUAGAGGAGUGGUGAUGUAUAAAUUAGAUCCGGGCUUGACUUCUCCAAAGCUUCCUAGUGGUUUGAUCUUCUUUGUUGCUUUACAUGCCUGUAAACAAAGACAAACUUUUGUCUAAGAAGCUUUCGGGAAACGAGGCCUUGAGAUCUGUGAGACCAGCCAGUGUUGUUGCAUCUCCGGUCUGUAUGACGCGACCUUAAGCUGGUGUGAUCACUCUGGUGCCCUCUACUGUUAGGAGUGGGAUCAGCAUGGCGCAGACGGGCUGGAGAUGCACUAGUUAACCCUCAACAGUAUUACUUACUACCACUAUUACUAAAGGUCUUAUUACUAUGAAUGACUUUAUUGUUGACAUUGGAAAGUGUUGGCUGCAGGUCUGAGAAUGAAUACAUAGUCAGUGUAGGAUCCAACCUGGCCAAUACUGUUUAACUGUUUGUCUUUUUGUUUGUUUUUUAAAGAGAUGACAUGUAGAGUUUGAUGUAUUUUGCACAUGUUCCUCUGAAAGGUGAACAUAAGGACUUUCUGUAUUCUUGAAACGGUCACAAAAAUUACUGCUUCAUACACACUUGGUUUUCAUUGUGGAGCAUUUGAACUGUGUCAUGCAGAGAGAUCACCUGCGGGAUAAAAUGUCCCAUGCUCCACAAGGUGAUAGAUGUCAUUGGCAACUGUGUAUGAAUUUGCAUUGCAGGAUUAAAUGAUAACUGGCAGAGAAGCCUUCCAGCUGUUUAUUCCAGAUAUAUUUGCUCUGUUGAUACUCCAUGUUGGAGAAAUGGCAGUUGUUGCAGUUACUCUACAGACAACAAAUUUUUUUUUUCAUAAUGUCUGGGGCAGUUUUACAUCAAAUGUUUUAAAGGCAAUCUAAGCUCAAUAUUUGACUAUGUAACCUAUUCAUCUGACACCUGUAGAAAGCUUAUGGACAUUAAGCUUUUCUAUCUUUAUUUGCAUUCCAGUGCAUCUCUGAGAUUUCCGGUGUGGAACUGACUUCAUGCAUCAAAAUGCAUCAGUGACUAUUUAGGCUAUUUGUGAACCAAACAAAUGCACCAACCCUUCACUGCUGCUCCUUGCAGUGAGUGACAUCACAGUAGCUCUUCCUGUCAGGAGCGUUAGUGUGUGUUAAUAUUGUAAAACGGUACCUUUGCCAUCAAUCCAUGCACUGUACAUGUCAGUUGACGUCAGAUCAAAUUAUAUUAUUGCUCUUUAUUGAUAACACUGUAAGCCAAUGUGUCAGUUUCCCAAUAUGAUUGUAUUAUUUACUAUUGAAAUAGUUAAAAACUACUAGUGAUGUAUAUUAAUUUAAAAUUGCCUCCUUUAACUUUGAUUGAGUAACCAAGAGGAAUAUGAAUAUCUGCAGCUAGUAUGAUGGUCCCUGAAGUCAAUGUCCCAUCUGAAAUCCAGGUGUUUCUGAGACUCUGAGUUUAUCAUAGUACAUAAAAUCAUUUCAAUAUAACCUUGAAAUUGUAAGCAAAUAUAAUAAUGGAAUCUGUAGCUGCCACAGAGCUCUCUGCCCACAUAUUUCUUUACUGAAUGCAUUUUUAAUGAUUGUUUUGGAAAAGAAAACAGCACUGCUGUCCAUUGCAGUUGCCUCUGACUAACACAUGUCAGUUGAUGUUCAGGGAAGCUCUGACUGAGACUCCCUACAGAUCUUUGUUUGAUUUUUUUUUUUUUUUUGACCUUUUUUUUUGUCUGAUUACUUUUUCCUAAACACACACAUUUAGGACCUGCUCUGUAAAACUCUGAAUGCCAGUUGUAUUCUGUUAAAAUGCUCCAUGGCUGGUUUUGGACUUUAGGCCUGGCAUUGCCUUGGUUAUUUUACAGAAAUUGAAUGUCAGAAAUAAAAUCAACCAUCCACUCUGGA